UCUUCUUGAUGCAGCAAGCACUGUAUUCAUCUCAGCCUGCAAUAAUAUUAAUAGGCAUUGUUUGCUCAUAUAUUUUGAGCAGUUCAUUGACCAGGAGUUUCAUCGCAGUUGUGGAAGGAAAAGGGAUCCAAAUACGGUUAGCGUAUGUGACAUGUCCGGUCUCAUCAGGUGACUUCGGAACGCAACCGGAGAAUGAGUCGGAGUCGGAGCUUCGCAGGCUCCGCUCCGCUCAGACACGGCGUGAGCGAUGAUUCCAUCUAUUGAAUACACUUAUCCACGUUUCCCAAUAUGAAGUCAGCAAUACGGGCCUGCACCAACUGCGUCCGGGCAAAGUCUAGAUGUACCCCCCAUGACUCCGGGACGUGUGCAAGAUGCGUCCGGCUGAUGAAGACCUGCCAGCCAUCCCCUCCCGUACGUAAACGCCGGAACCAGACUAAAGCCUCGGUCAAAGAUGUCCAGAAGCUCGAGGAGAAACUGGACGGGCUUGUCAAUAUCCUUAAAUCUGCGACUCAGCCCGGCCUGUUGAACGGGGUGGUGUCCACCCCGGAGCAUGUAGUUCCGACCCAUGCUCAACCUGUCUCCUUGUCUGCACCUUUAGUUCAAGUCUUACCAGACACAGCCAUUACUCCUGCCCCCUCUUUUGGGCAUCCCGAGAACCCAUCUCUUGAGCCCAACGACGACGAUGCAGCUUCGUAUUUGAAUCGGUUUCGAUCCGACUUCAUUGGGCACCUGCCCUUUCUAGUGAUUCCAGCGUCUCUGACAGCCAGUCAGCUGCGUCAGGAGAGUCCGCUGCUAUGGCUAGCAAUAAUGACCGUGGCAUCCACCCGGACCACGCAGCAGAGAGGCCUGUCCAUGCAGGUCCGAGAGAGAUUCGGCCGCGAGGCCUACGUAGAGGGCACGAGGAACAUCGACUUUCUCUUGGCGGUUUUGGUGUAUGUUACCUGGGAUCACCAUUACUCCUUCGACAAGCCCAUUUUCACUGGUCUGCUACAGCUAGCUAUCGCGAUUCUCUAUGAUCUCGGCCUGGACAAGCCACCGUCCCAGGACCCCGGUCUUCUUCUCAGCUAUGACCUGAAAGGCACCAGUCGGCCGUCCCACUGCUCUCGCUUGCCCUCCAUGAAAGAACGCAGAGCCUUGCUAGGUUGCUUUCUCGUGAGCUUCACAUCUAAUCUCUCAGGAAACGGCGAACCUCUCCAGUGGACACCCUAUUUUGACGAGUGUCUUCGUGUAGUCGAAGAACAAAAUGAAUCGGAGCACGAUGGUCUGCUGGUGCAGCUGGUCAAACUCCGGCUCAUCACCGCAAAGGUGAUGGAUCCAUGGACAGGUCCAACGGAUUCCAACAUCAUGCCAUCAGCCUCUUUUUAUUUGCAGUCGCUUCAAAGCCAGCUCCGUGAUUUCAGAUCACGACUUCCCUCCGAGCUAGCCGAUAACAAAACCCUCCAAAUGGAGCUGUUGAACACGGAGAUGAUGAUCUACGAGGUUGGCUUCUCAGCCCCUCAAAUCUUUCCCCCACAGUCUAAUCAACAAUUCGAAUGUCUCUUCGCCUGCCUGCAAACCAUCAAGUCCUGGACUGAGACCGUUCUCACCUUUCGGCCCGCAGAAUAUGUUGGGUUCACCUGCUUAAUAUGUUCCAAUAUGGGUCGUAGUCUCGUCAACCUGUAUCGCCUCACCACAUGCGACUACCCAGUAUGGGACCGCAAACUGGUGCAGGAGUCGGUGGACGUGUCGUGGGUAUUAGAAACGGCCGCGCAGCGCUUCUCCCAGGUCAAAGAUGCAGCCGGACUCGACCCAGAGGGCUCCCAGGAUCUCGAUUUCUUCAUGAUCAUGGCAGCGAAAAUGGAAGCUAUGAAGUUGUCCUGGGAUACGGUGAUAGUCCCGACUACGGCGGAUUCAUGGUCUCCGUCUGCCGACGACCUGGAGAUGUUCUCCAACGAAUUCCUCACGAUGUGGAACUGGUAAUGAUGCAAUCUUGUAGCCCAUCACUUACUGGUAACGAUGUGGCGCAUUCCAAGGUUGACCAGUCGGAUGCCGAUCCAAUGCCCCGAUCGGAGCGGAGUGUCGAUGAGUCCAACUCCGACUGGGUUCUCCCAACUACGCCCCUAUAAAGAGCCGUCAUGGUAUACUUCGAUUUCGCUACCUCAUUGUUCUCAUUAUUCUCACUCCAACCUACCUCUCCACAACCCCUUCUCCAUCCAUCUUGCCCCAACAUCUUCUCCACCCACCACCAUGGGCUUCCGACCAGACCGCGACAUCCCCGACCUGACCGGCAAAACCAUCCUCAUCACCGGAGGCAACGUCGGCCUAGGAAAGGCCUGUGUCCUCGAAUAUGCCCGUCACAAUCCCCGCCAAAUCUGGCUUGCUGCACGCAACCUAACCAAAGCCCAAGCGGCCGCCGAUUCAAUCAAAGAACAAGUGCCCGACGCCCCCAUCCACCUCCUCGAACUCGACC